AUGAGCCGCCAGGCAUCACUUCCGCCGGGCUCGUCGAUCCUAGAUCGGCUCGCCUUCCUCCCCGCCGAACUCCAAGUCCAGAUCCUCUUCGAGGUCCUCACGGUAAGCAGCCCCUGCGCCAUGUCCCUCUUCGUCCCGGACUGGGGCGUCUGCUCGCACACCGCGAGCCCCGUAAACGCCAUCUACGACCUGCAGCGGAUCGACGUCUACAUCAAAGGCGCGGCCGGCGUGAGAGGUAGGUUCGAGACCCGGGUGAAGCACGACGACCGCGACCACAUAUGGCUCCCGUUGAUGGAGCAAGCCAACGCGGGCGCGCUGGUGAGGGAAUUCAAGCGAAGGUUUCCUGCGGCGAUGGAGCUGGCCCUGCAGGACCUCGAGCAGCGCCGUCUCCGGUCUUUCGAGCAGCUCUGGCCGAAGGGCCCGGACGAUGAGAUAGGUAGGUGCAUGGCCGGCGGGGCGUUGGUGUUCCGUGAGUGCGACGGAACGGCUCGCGGGACGAGAUGCGAUGACGGUCUGGAUACCGGAGGACCAACGCCGGCAGAAGGGGCGGUGCUGCCGCGGCAUAUGAUGCUCAAUGGCGUUCCGAGGGACCCAUGGCAACAGCUCCGCCUGCGGCGGAACGCGCUCACGAAGUACAGGCUCGAAAUGAGGAUCUUUGUUGAACGAGGGGCGGAGCUGCUCGCGGUCGACUGGGCCGCCAUGACACUGCUUGAGACGCUGUUCAUCGACCUGCGGGCCUACGGGCGAGACCGGGACGGCGAGGACGGCAUCCGGCUCGGAGCGGCGGGGAUGGGCUGUCUUCAGCUCAGGUGCCUCGUUGUCGCGGGCUUGCGGAGCGAUGCUAGGUACGCGAGGCCUGCAGGCUGGCGGGCUUGCGACUGGGAGGCCGAUGAGACGGAGGUCGACGGCGGGGUGAACUGGGUCAAGGUGUUUCGCGGGGCCGUGCGGGAGGGUGGGAGGCUGGUGUUCGUCGACCGGCGGAUGCUGGACAUCAGCUGGGAGGCGUGGGGGAUGAGAGCGGAAAAGGAGGGGCUCCUGGUUCUGGCCAAGCCCGAGGGCGACGGGGAGGUCAAGGACCAGAGCGAGGUUGUCGGAGAGUUUAGAGAUGCAGCGUAUCUGAGGCAUGUUGAUAGAGUGUUGAGUGAAGGUAAGUAG